AUGAGUAGUGUACUUAAUUUAAAUAUUGAAUGGACUUCAGAAAAUUUCUUAAAUUAUAUUGAACAUAGUCUCUACGGCUGUGUAGAAGAUUGGUACGAUGGAAUAGAUGAAGAAGUAAAGACUGCAUUAAGAGCUAGUGAAUCACCUACAAGAAUGUUUAGGCAGUUAUGUCGAUAUAUUGAGUUAGAGUUCAUUGGUCUUAGAGCCGAUCCUAAUGAGAAACAAAUGGAAUAUCAAAGAAAGUUAAGUAAUUUAUCCAUCUGUAAUAUGAAAUAUGUUGAUGAUUAUAUUAUGGAAUUUGAAACAUAUUAUUAUAAAAUUGGUGAAAAUGAAACAAAUCUUGGAAUGUUCUACGACAAAUUACCCAGUCCUCUUAAUGAAGAGAUUAGUGAAAAAUAUCAAGAAUGGAGAGAGAAAUUUUUAGCUAGGGAUGCCCUAGGUAAUAUAAUUGCUUUCCUUAGAAAGUGGAUUGAAAAGAAGUGUAGAGAGGUUGCAGGAACUCAACAAAUGAAGAGACAAUUUCUCACUUGUUGGGAUUUCCCAAAUAACUAUGGAUGUGAAAGAAAAAACUAUAAUAAAAGAAAGAGCUAUAAGAAAAAUAAAUUUGACCGAUCAAGAGGAGAAACCUAUAAGAAGAAGUAUUAUAAAUAUAAAUAUAGAAAGCCAAGUAGGUUUUUCAAAAAGGCAACAUAUUGUCCUGAGAAAAAGAAAACAUGCAAGUGUUGGUCUUGUGGAGAACUAGGACAUUAUGCUAAUGAAUGUAAGAAAGCUAAUCAUAAACUAAUGGAAGCCUUAGAAAGUUGGGAUUACAUAGAAAUACCAGAAGACGAGGCUUUAGAAUUGGCUUUAAAUAACAAUAAAGGAAUAGUAGAGAUCGUAGAAGAGGAAAAUGAGUAUAAUGAAGAACCUGAAGUUAAUGAUGAGUUUGAAGAUGAAAAUUAUGAAGAAAUAAAUAACAUGAUGGAAGGAGAAGAAUUAGAAAAUUCAGAAUCAGAUGACAAUGAGGAAGAUAAAAGCAAAAUGAAAAAUAGGUCAACUAAAAAGAGCUGA